AUGACUCAAAUUUCUGAAAUCAUCCUUUUGGGUUUUGGGAGUCUUCAUGGCAUUCAAUUUCUUCUUUUUGGUAUAUUUCUGGCAAUUUAUGUGAUGACUCUUAUGGGUAACAUUUUGAUCCUAACUGUGGUGUCAGCUGAUAGCUCCCUUCACACCCCUAUGUAUUUCUUUCUUGGUCACUUUUCAUUCCUCGAGAUUGGCUAUACCACUACCAUUGAACCCAUAUUGCUCCGGACAUUUCUGUCAGCUCAUGUGUCGAUUUCUUUCUCAGCCUGUGCUUGUCAGUUUUAUUUUUUUGCUUCCCUGGUGGCUACCGAAUGCUUUUUCCUGGCUGUAAUGUCUUAUGAUCGCUACAUAGCCAUCUGUAACCCUCUGCAUUACUCCAGCAUCAUGGUUUUCUGGAGUUGCUUCCAACUAGCUGCUGCCUCUUGGAUGGCUGGAUUUCUAGCACCCAUCCUUCUCAUGGUCUUUAUUUUUCGUUUAACAUUCUGCUCUGACAAUAAGAUUGACCAUUUCUUCUGUGAUUUGAAGCCCAUCAUGAAACUGGCCUGCACUGAUACUGAAGUGGCUGAGAUGACUUCUUUUAUAUGUACUUCUUUAUUUGCCCUUGGCCCCUUCCUGCUAACCAUAGCUUCCUAUAUUUACAUCAUCUCCACCAUUCUGAAGAUUCCUUCUGCCACAGGUAAGCGGCGGGCUUUUUCCACCUGUUCUUCCCACUUGACAGUCGUCAGUCUCUAUUAUGGGACACUGGGAAUUGUUUAUGGCUUCCCAUUAGGACCUCAGUAUGAAGGUGUAUUAAAGUUGCUUUCCCUUCUGUAUACAGUGCUUACCCCUGCCCUCAAUCCUGUGAUUUAUACACUAAGGAACAACGAUGUGAAAGUAGCACUGAGAAAAUUGGCACAAUAUAGGAUAUAG